GCACUCAGGUCCAACGCCCGGGCCGGACGGCACUCGACCUGCGACCCCUCCAUUCGCUAGGUAUUAGGGAUUAUGUAUUGUUUAAAUCAUCCCACAACCCGCUGCAUCGUGCAGGUCGCAGCUAGUUGAGUUGAUGAACCCUGGGAUCACAUCCGAAAGCGGUUCAAACCAUGUCACACUCACCAAAAUCCUAUGUGCACAAGGACAUGAUGAAGCCACUCGGUAUGCAUCGACUCACAGGUCACAUUGGACGCUUGUGAUGGCAUGACAACCACUCCUCUCCCACGAAGAUCCUUCAAACGUCACGGGCCCUACCAGAUUAAUGAGGUCCUCUUCACAUAGUGUCACGUGGUUUCGAUCCUACCGUAGUGCGAAAGCAAAACAGUUCGUCCCACUUAGAACUGAUAAACACGGAGAUAGCCGUCACUGUGUAGACAACGAGUCAAACCCACCACUACCUUCCCCAACUCAAGUCCGUGGAAAUGGCACGGACAUUGAGAUGGCGAGCUUGGUCCCCAAAGCUGCCGAACCGGAACGUGAAGACUCUGAAGAGCUUUCCGGUGCUCUAGGCAAGACUGUCGAUGUACUGGUGAAGCUCAUACAGAGGAGCAAGCGUGUCUACCUCUGCAGGGUCGAUAAAUCGCGUGACAAGCGAUGUGACACACCGCAACUAAAAAUCACAGGCAUAGCAGAUUUCCGGGGUCUCAACGGCGUUUGGGCACUAAGGAACUGCCGAGUCUCCAUGAUUUCUUCAUUGAGUAAGAUUUUGGCUGAGGGCCGGCACCAGUAGGACAACAUGUCCAAGCGUCACGGGAAUAGUAAUAGAGAAUAUUGCCAGAACUGCGGGUAAGAACACUUUCGCGGUUUAUGAAAUCGAUGCCAUAUAGUCCAUUGCCCGAAUAUUUGAUCGUGGCCAGAUUUUCGUGCCGUUUGGCAGAUAA